ACAAAAUGUAUAAAAGUCGAGGAUACGAGUUCCGCCCCAGAGCUACACUUGAUUCUCACAACUUACAAUGAUCGUCCUAUUUCUUUUCUUGGCCAGCAUUGUUGCUGGUUUACCAUCUGAUGCACCAACUGUCAUCAUCGAUUCUGGGGCCAUCGUGGGCACCACCACAACACCUCUCUCCUCAAUUACCACAGUGAGGAAAUACCUUGGAAUUCCCUAUGCCGCUCCGCCCAACAGAUUCAGCCCCCCAGAGCCUGUCAAGCCCUGGUCCAACAUUUACAAUGCCACCAAAUUUGGAACAGCCUGCAUCCAGCAGAUUGGCGCCCAGGCCGAGGGGCUGUUCGACGGCAUGGGCAUCCCUCCUCCGUUGGGCGGCGAAGGCGAGGACUGCCUGAAUCUCAAUGUCUUCACGCCUGCAUCUGCCUCAGCCGGAUCCAAGGCUGUGCUGGUCUGGCUGUAUGGAGGCGCCUUUCUGAACGGAGCGUCAGCAGUGCCCAUGUAUGAUGGAUCUAGCUUUGCUGCCAAUCAGGAUGUCGUUGUAGUUACAGUCAACUACCGCACGAAUCUCUUUGGUUUCCCCGCGGACAGCAGCAUUCCACUGGAGGAGCGAAACCUAGGACUCUUGGACCAACGACUGGCGCUGGACUGGGUCACACGCAACAUCGCAGCCCUCGGGGGCAACCCGUUCAAGAUCACACUCAUGGGCGAAUCCUCCGGGGGCAACAGUGUCGAUGCGCUGCUGAUCUCCCCUCCAGAUCCGCUCCCCUUCCACGCUGCCAUCAUGCAAUCCGGCCAGUCGAGCAUCCCAGAUCCAUUUGGCAGUCCGGCCAAAGCCUACGCUGAGUCAUGGCAGAACCUCACCAGGCUGGCUGGAUGUCCAACAAACGGCGCCCUGGACUGUCUGCGCACUCGCUCUGCCUUUUCCCUCAAAGAACUGGCCGUCAACAACUCCAUGUCUUGGGGGACUAUUCCAGACGGUGGUCGAACUUAUUCCACUACUCCUCGUCUAGAUCGUCUCAACUCCACCCAGCAGGGCUCCUCCAUCGCCCGCGUGCCCAUCCUCAUCGGCAGCAACGCCGAUGAAGCCAAGCCCUUCGUCAAAGCCCUGCCAAACAACACCCGAAACGCCCUCCUCACUCUCGGCCUAGACAAGAACAUGACGAACACCAUUCUCCACCGUUACCCCCUUGGCGCACCAGGAGCGACGACAGAAACAGACCGACUAUCCCUAAUCGCCACUGACGUCGGUGUGCAAUGUCCCAUCAAGCUCCUAGCUGACGAUAGCAUUAAAGCAGGCAUCCCCACCUGGCGAUACUACUUCAACGCCAGCUUCCCCAACUACGAGUUAUUUCCGGGCAGCGGGGCAUACCAUGCGGCCGAAAUCCCCUUUGUCUUUGGAACGUAUCCGCAAACAGGCGCGACGGAAUUCGAGCAUCAAGUCAGCCAGGCAAUGCAGAAAGCGUGGGCGGACUUUGCCAAAGAUCCUAUGAAAGGACCGGGGUGGGAGCAGGUUCCUGCUAUUGGGGUGUUUGGGGAUGGCGUCAAGGCUCGCAUGAGCAGUGAGGGCAAACAUGCGUUGAAGGCUGUGUCGGACAAGGAGAUUGACCCUCGAUGCGAUCUGUACCAGCCUAUCUAUGAUAAAGCCACCCUUCGUUCUUUAUAGCAUGUGUGAGAUGGCAUUGAGGUAUGUGGGGCCACUCUGUCCAAUAGGUGGUUUACCAUUAUCAUUUGCAUUCAUUAUGAUAUUAAAACCUAAUAAAAAUUUCUUACACCAGAGGGUUCCUUUCAUGAUUCUUUGCUCUGAAGACAGCAAUAACUACCCAACACAAGUCUUUGUUUGUUUCAUCAAACCAACAAUGGAGUACCCCACAGACAAUGACACAAGAAGCAUCUUUGAGCCAGCCAAACAAAGAGCCGAAUGCUUUGUAUCCUUCCAAG